UACGUGUCCGUGUGCACAGCCGCAUUCAUCUUUUACACCAUACCACCACAUACCCAUCGUACAUCAUGUCUUCUAGCGAUACUUCACCUAUAGAGAUUACCGUGACACAUCGGGGCGUUGCACACCGCCUCUCACUUCUGCCGGAUGAUACUAUGACUGUCCUACAAGCUCGUCUUGAAGAACUCACAUCAGUACCCCCUUCCCUUCAGAAGCUGCUUUACAAGGGAAAGAAAGCCAACAUUAAGGACGAUGUUACCCUCACGCAGGCCGGUCUGAAGAACGGGAUGAAAGUGCAGAUGCUCGGGACCACUUCGGAGGAGUUGGGCAGCCUGCGGGCUGUGGAAGACGAGCGUGCAAGGAAAGAGCGCAUCAUGCGAGAAAGAGCUAAGAAAGCACCCGUAAAGGUCCGCUCCACCGGCUCGUCAUCCUCAUCAGCCUUAAACUACAGAUUCCACCGCAUAGAACCCCUCGCGCAUCUCCCGGAGCCACCCACUGCUACCGCCUUCCUCACGCGCCUCGCAAAUGACCCUGCCAUCCUACACGUCAUGCAGAAGCAUCAGUUCUCCGUGGGCGUCCUGACCGAGCUCGCGCCACAUGAGCAGCCUGGCUUGCUCGGCCUCAACGUAAAUGCUGGACAGGCGAUCAAGUUGAGGAUACGCACGGAUCGCUACGACGGAUUCCGGCUCUACAAGGACGUGCGGAGGGUGCUCUGCCACGAACUCACGCACAACGUGUGGGGAGAUCAUGAUAAUAACUUCAAGGAGAUGAACUCGAUGCUGAACCGAGAAGUAGUCGAAUUCGAGCGCUCGAUGGCAGAAGGCACGCAUCGCUUCAUCGAAGGUGGCGUAUAUCAGCCCUCUUCCGAGCUCGAGCUUGAGGCGGAAACGUAUUUACUGUCAGAGGGCCCUCAGGUGCUAGGAGGGUCUGUGUCUGGAGGGGUGGCGGACGAGUCUCGGGAGGAGAGACGGAGACGGAUGUUAGAAGCAACAAUGAACAGGCUACGCAAACAGGAGGAAGAACUGGAGCACCAGUGUGGGACUGCAGGUCAGUCCAGGACGUGAUUAUAAUGUAUGCAGUAUGUUUCGUAAUAGUGUUUGUUGGAAUGAAGAGGCUUCAUUGC